UCCUUUUCGCGCAGUGCUACCUUGACGACGUCCAAACCAAACGAAGAAUCUCCAGCUCUUGACAACUUCCUGUACAGCAGAAACAUAGACGUUUGCUGGCUGUGAAGAACAGUCGAGCUGAACUCGUGGUAAAAAUGCCCGCAGUUACUUUAUUUGUCAGGAGAUUACCUGAAACAGCCACCAAUGAUCGUCUGUCAGCAGUAUUCUCUGAAAUAGGACCACUGAAAAACUGCUUCGUUGUCAGUGAUAGAGAGACUAAGAAAUGUCGUGGUUUUGGAUAUGUGACGUUCUCUAUGGAAGAAGAUGCACAACGGGCAAUAAAAGAAGUCAAGGAAUAUGAGAAGCAGAAUAUAUUUGUUACCCUAGCCAAGAGAAAACCCGAUGAUAAGAAAAAGAAGAAGAAAGUGAAAAUAGAAGAAGAUUCAGAAGAUACAGAGAAACCUGAGAAAUCAGCUGAAACCAAAAGUCCUGAAAAGUUUACAGGCAUAAAAAAAACUAAAUUGAAAGCUCGGCUGAUCAUCAGAAAUCUCAGUUUUAAGUGUGAAGAAGAUGAUUUGAAGCAGAUCUUCUCCAAGUUUGGAACUGUGCUUGAGACCAAGAUUCCCUUAAAAUCAGAUGGGAAGAAGCGAGGUUUUGCUUUUGUACAGUUUAAGAACAUGUCAGAAGCUGGAAAAGCUCUUGCCGCGAUGAACCUGAAGGAGAUCAAAGACAGACAGGUGGCUGUGGAUUGGGCAGUUCCAAAGGACAAAUAUCUCGCCACCCAAUCAGCUUUAGCGCCUGGUACUAUCAAAGAAGAGAAUGAGGAUUUCGAAAUUGCAGGAACUGAUGGGAAUGAAUGUGCCAAGAAAAAGUCUGUAUCACUGGAAGAGAAGGAUGACUCCGAGUCAGAGGAAGAGGACGUUUCAGAGGAUGACGACAAUGCAGAAAAUGAAUCUCAGCAGACAGAUAGUGAUGCCAGAGAACCUAAAGACGACGACGACGACGAUGAUAAUGACGACGACGACAACGAUGAUGAUGAUGAUGACGACGACGACGACGACGGUGAUGACACCGACGGUGAUUACGAAGAGGACAAUAAGGGGAAAGCUCUUCCAAAGAAGAAGAGAGACCCUCUUUCUUCAGAUGUGAUUGAAGGAAGAACCAUCUUCAUCAGAAAUCUGUCCUUUGACACAGAGGAAGAGGGUUUGGAGGAAGUAUUGUUGCAGUUUGGCGAGCUAAAAUACGUACGUGUGGUGAUGAACUCAGACACUGGACAUUCAAAAGGUUGUGCUUUUGCUCAGUACAAAAGUAAAGAAGCGGCAGAGAAAUGUAUUGCUGCUGCUCAAGAUGAUAAAGAGUUUGGUGGCAUUAGGGUUGAUGGCAGGAAAUUAAACAUAUUGCCAGCCGUAAACCGAGAAGAUGCGGCAAAAUUAAAGGACAAGAAAGUGAAAACCCACACAGGCACCAGGAAUCUUUACCUCGCCAGAGAGGGCUUGAUUCGUCCUGGAUCCAAGGCAGCAGAGGGAAUUUCAGAAGGUGACAUGGCCAAGAGAAAAAGAUUUGAUGAGAUGAAAAGGGCAAAGUUAAGGGAUGUUCAUGUGUAUGUGUCUAAAACACGGCUGCGUGUCCAUAACCUGCCUUUGAGCGUCAAUCAGCCUAAAUUUCGCAAGCUCUGCCUCUCCGCUGCUGGUGGUAAAGGCGUUCGCAUCACUGAGUGUCGUGUGAUGUAUGAUAAGAAGCCUAUUCGGGGUCAGGUGAUGGGUAAAUCUCUAGGAUACGGCUUUGUGGAGUUUAUAGAACAUGAACAGGCUUUACAAGCCCUACGUCACCUCAACAACAACCCAGACAUCUUUGGACCUCAAAAGAGGCCCAUUGUGGAGUUCUCUCUGGAGGAUGGCAAGAAGCUUAAACUUAAAGCCCUUCGUCUGAAAAACAGCAAGAUACCCAAACAAGACAGGAGCCAAACAAAAGGGCAGCCACAGCAUCCUUCGGGAAAGAUGAAAGGUCCCUUGCGGAAAGGAAAUGCAGCUAAUGUUGAUAAACAGGGGAAGGCACAAGAAAGCCAGUACUCUGGGUUUAUGACCAAACCAGAGGUGGAGCACGUACAAACAAAGGAUGGCAAAAAACGGCAGAAGGUUCUGCAUAUGCCUUCACAUAGAGGCCCAAAGAUCAGGCAACGUGAUAAAGGGAAACAACCCAUGGUGCAACCCAAGACACAGAAGAAAGGGCCCAGCAGGAAAGAUAGAAAAAUGUCUACUUUCAUUGAUAAACGCAGCAUAAACGUGAAACAGAAUGGCAAACCUGCAAAAAGAAAGUUCCAGAGCAGAGAGGAUGCUCGCUUUGACAGUUUGGUGGACCAGUACAAAAAGAAACUGAUGGGCAAAUCAAACACUAAGACUUUAGUCAAGAAGGGCAAAUGGUUCAGCUGAACAUGGAAAAAAAUGUCGAAAACUGCUCAGAGGGGGACUAAAUUUAAUACUUUGAGUCUGAGUUUUUAAAAAAAGGUUUUCAACAUGACAUUUGGUUGCUUCAGAAGACUAUUUCUUCUUAAGAAAUCAAAUAAUUCAGAGAUGGUUCUAACAUUUAACAGACUAUGUUUGUUGCUCAUUAGUUUGGACGUCUCUUGAACUAAAUGUUAUUAAGAGACUUCCAUGCCAAGUUUCAUGUUUCGUGCUUUUUUCGGCACAGAGUUUUUUAAACAUUACAAAGAUAUAGCUGUUGUCAAUAUGGACUUUGACAACACUUAGUUUAGCUGUCAUUAUUUAACUGCUCUCCUCAAACUUUGUAAACAACGUGUAUUUGAUCUAAAUGCCAGAAGGAAUUGUUGUCCCUUGUUAAAAUAUGUAAUGCACCCUUGUUGACUGCCUGGAAAAUAAUUGACUUGCUUGUGGUUUUUAAUCCUGUAUAAAAUUAAAUGAAACCAGAAUUUUGGUUUAUUUAAUGACUAAAAUGUUUUGGUCAGGUUUUCUAGUGGCCAAUAUGAUCUCACCAAAUGAGAUUUGCACACGAUUGCUAUUUGAUGCACCAAAUGAGAUGUGCACAAAAUUGCUAAAUUGGAACUCUUAUUCAUAUUUGAUGCAUUAUUUAAGUUUUCCAUUGAACAAACAAAGAUACAGAUUUUUGACAAAAUGGGGGCUAGGCAAAUUGAUAUGAUAUUUGAAAAUGGGUAGUUAUAUGUUGAUUUAAAUGAACAUGCAGGCAUUCAUAUUUUGUAUGAUCAAAAAAAGCCUGUUGUGGACAGAAAAACCAUUCCAAUGCUGAAUUUUCCAUUUUGGGAUUCAUUGUAAAACAGGACCAAUAAAAUAAAUUACUACAUGAGCCGUC